AUGCAAGAACACACUUGGGGACGCGCAGCGAGCUGCUUCCAGAGCAUUGAGGACACGCCCUCCAGGAAGGAAAUGACCUGGAGGCUUGCCCUGUAUUUUUCAGAGCUUCCUGCAAAAGAGCUCACGCAGGCGGUGUAUCUCUCCAUUGCGAGGGUCUCUUCAGAGUCGAACGGGCUGGAAAUGAACGUGGGCGAAAACAGCCUCCUAAAGGCGCUCAGCAGAUUCAGCACCACCUCCACAGAGGCGCUCAGAAAAAAGAUGCAGGCCUCCGGGGACAUUUCAACCGUGGUUUCGGCAGGGAAAAGGCCGAGGCUCUUUUUUGCAAAAAGAAAGACGCUUACCCUCGAGGCAGUUUUUGAGACCCUCGAGCGGAUUUCGAAAAUGGCAGGGAAAGACUCAACCCUCAAAAAAAUAGAAAUAAUUGCCGAGCUCCUGGCACAGUGCACGGAAAACGCAGAAGUUAAAUACGUCGUCAGAGCCCUCGACGGAAAGAUGAAAAUAGGCCUCUCAACACAGACAGUUCUGUGCAGUCUGGCGCUCGCUUUCCUCGCAAAGCACACGCCGAACGGGAAGAACGCACUCGCCAGCAGGAAAGCGCGCAGCGAAAAAGCUGCUGCGGAAGAAAGCGGAAAGCUGCUGAAAAGCGGGGACUCAGAGCCUGCGGACACCAGCAGCAUAGAGUGGUCGCUGGAGGAGAUAGCGGCGAUGGAGGAGAUGAAAGAGGCGUACGCGCAGCUGCCCUCCUUCGAGAAGAUCAUACGCCUGGUGGACGAAAAGGGCUUGUCUUCGCUGAAGGAGUCGCUGAUCACGCCGGGGUACCCGCUCCGGCCGAUGCUCGCAAUCGCAGAGAAGGACCCGGAGACGGCAGCCUCGAGGUUCAGCGGAAAAUACCUGGUUGAGUACAAGUACGACGGGGAGAGGGUGCAGGCGCACUUCUUUGGCGGAAAGGUCGAGCUCUUCAGCAGAGGCCUGGAAAACACAACGGAGAGGUUUCGCUCCCUGGUGGAGCCCCUGGUGCGCGCAAACAUCACGCAGGCAGACUUCAUACUUGACGCAGAGGUCGUUGCAUACUGCAGAAAGGCCGGAAAAAUACUUUCGUUCCAGACGCUUUCAAACAGGAAGCGGAAGCUCACGGAAAGCAACGCGGACAAAGAGGAGAGCGAAAUUGCGCUUUUUGUCUUUGACCUCAUAUACCUCGGCGGCCCGCUCAGCAAGCUGCCCCUCCCGGAGAGAAAGCAGAUGCUUGCAAAGUCGUUCCGGGAGACUGCGGGCGAGAUAGAAGUCGCGCGCAGCUACGCCUUUGAGGAGCACAGCCCCGAGCGCCUGAGCGAAAUAUUCGCAGAGUCCAUUGCCGCGGGGUGCGAGGGCGUUAUGAUAAAAAGCGCAGACCCGGAGUCCACGUACGAGCCCUCGAAGAGAAGCCAGAAGUGGGUUAAGCUGAAGUCCGACUACGUCGCAGGCCUGCACGAAACCAUGGACCUGCUCGUUAUUGGAGGGUACUUGGGAAAGGGCAAGCGCACGGGCGUGUACGGGGGAUUUCUCCUGGGGUGUGUGAAUGCGCUGGGAGACGUUGAAGCGCUCACAAAGAUCGGCACCGGGUUCAGCGAGUCUGUCCUCGAGGAAAUCGCCCGGGCUCUUCAGCCGCACGUGACAGAGACGGCGCAGGCGAGCACCGGCGCAGGAAAUGCCCCGGAUGUUUGGUUUAAGCCUGUUUUGGUCUGGGAGGUUGCAGCUGCUGGGUUUUCCAUAUCCCCGCUGUACACGGCAGGCCUGGGGGCGCCAGAGCUUCCAGAGGGCAGGGGAAUUUCGCUGCGGUUCCCCAGGUUUGUGCGCGCGAGAGCCGACAAGACUUUGGAGACGUCUACAACAUGCGAGCAGAUUCUGCACAUGUUCAAGCAAACUCAGGGCAGCUAG